GCAUGACAGGGAGGGCGUGUUCAAAUCGAACGGGGGUUGACCGGGUACGGCAGUUGUUGCAUGCUGGGAAGUUGAGAGGACUUGACCCGAUCACCAUCCGUCGACUCGAAUCGUCUGUCUGCGGUGUGAUCCCUAACUGAAAAUGGCUGAUCUCCAGGCUAACUUUGAAAAAGCAGCAGCUGAGGUGAAGCAGCUGAAGGCAAAGCCGAUGGAUGAAGAGAUGCUGAAGGUCUACUCCCUUUUUAAGCAGGCCAGUGUGGGUGAUGUCAACACAGAUCGCCCAGGGAUGUUUGAUUUCACUGGGAAAGCUAAGUGGGAUGCCUGGCAGCAGCAGAAAGGCAAGAGCAAAGAGGACGCCAUGAACGAGUACAUCAGUCUGGUGGAGGAGCUGAAGAACAAGUAUGGAAUUUAGUGUCAUAUGAUAAACGCAUUACAGCUGGACCAACUGCUGGGGGAUGGACUGGGAGAAGUGGCUAAGACCACCACCAGCUGUCCUCCAUCGUCACACCAUGAAAACGCCUUAAAUCCCAAGAAGGGUGUCCUUACACGUGAAUGCCUGCUGGUCCACCCUCUAGUGGUCCCAGUGGUCUGAAUAACCACUAAUGUAUGAUCAGAAACUGUACAAUGUACCAUCAUGUUUUAAUUAAUGAUUUCUAAUAGAGUGUAUCUGCACAGAAUCCUGUCAUUUCAACAUAAAAUCUUUUUUUCUCAAA